AUGCAUACCUCUAUUCCUAUCCUCUUGACUCUUGCAGUCUCUGUUCUCGGUGGCAAUUAUACCUUCCCCGCUGGAUUCAACAUCGGCCUGAUCGACCCACAGGAGCUGACUUCCUGGUGUCUUGGAGAGCGCAAUGUUUGCCCCUCAGUUUGCCAGGGUUCAACCAAGCAGAAUAGCUGUGAUCCAUCUACCCUGAACUUUGACUGUGUCUGCUCCGAUGGUACCGCCCCCGACAUGUCCCAGUACAUGCAGUCUAUCCCAUUCUACGUCUGCGAGGCUAGCUUCGGCCAGUGCAUCGACUCGCACCCCAACGACGCGAUGGGCCAGGAGGCUUGCAAGAAGGCCUCGAGCUGUGGAACUAAGAACGCCAGUGCUACUGAGACCACCUCUUCUUCCACAGCCACAGCCACCCUCUCUACUAGCACCGACACUGACUCCACCAAGCCUUCAGUUUCGUCUUCGUCCUCCGUGGCCGCUGCUAGCUCCACUAGCACCAAGAAUGCUGCCCUUCCUCAUGGUGGUCUCAUUGAGGAUUAUUCGACUACCUUUAUGGCGAGCGUCAUGCUUCUGGCCAUGCGCCUAGUCCUGUAA